UUUAGGACAUUUAUUGUGAAAUUCGGUGUUGAGAUUAUCUAUAUUUGUUCGACGCCCGUGAGGGAUGAGGAUUGAGGAUUUGUGCGGUGAAUACCGAUGUAACUAUCCUUAGGUUUUGUUUCCGGGAUCAGUGUGGGUGCAUGCAUCGCCAUGGCUGUGAGAAAACCUGGUUGUUAGAAACUUCGAGUGAACUUUCUGCACAUUUUCUUUGUCACAUUACCAUUUUAUUUUGAGCGACAUUUUUCAGCGUUAUACUGCAACUCUGGCGAAUUUCAAAGGACGGUCAGGUUUACGGGUGGAGGAAACUGAAGUGCAACGAGUAAAUCUUCUAUCCGUAUGACAAAUUCUCUGACAUCAAGCCGCACCAGGAUCAGGAGAAGAUGGCUUCUGUAGCGUGUGACUGGACUGGCUUGGAACGACGAGAAUAACGCUGUAGCGGCGUGAUUCGGCAAAAGCUCUUUGUGAGGGUUUUGAUCUCUUUAAAUGCAGUGAAAUGUCUGAUUUGCGAUUUUUGGUUUCUAAAGCCAGUGGUGAAUCCCUCAUCUAUGAUCUGUGGGAGAUGCUUGAGUGCAGAGCUUGAGUCUAGGAGGAGAUCCUAUGCCCUUUCCAGAGCCAUUCGAAGUGCCACAGGGAUUAGUGAUUUCUCCGCACAGUAUCGCCUAUCCAGAUCCACCCAACAUAAAAUCACACUCAACGAAGAUGUCAGGAGACGGACGCCAGAGACUGCGGCCCUGGUUACAGUCCAAGCUGAACAGCGGUAAUAUCCCGGGAGUACAGUGGAAGGACAGGGCCGCCGGGAUAUUCCAGCUGCCCUGGAAGCACGGUGGAAAGCAAGAUUGGUCAGAGAAUGAUUCGCUUAUUUUCAAGGAGUGGGCUAUCCACACCGGCCGGUUUCGGGAAGGGAUUGAUAAGGAAGAUUGGUCAACUUGGAAAACACGAUUAAGAUGUGCUCUCAACAAACUGCCGGACAUCCAGGAAAUGAAGGAGUUGAGCAAACUCGAGGAACCAUCGCCUUAUCGAGUGUACCGCUUUCUUCCGUUGAAACCAGGUGUGGACAGCACAAGCCCUAAGGCACACUUGGCGAAGACAGAAGAGAUUGUCCAGGCUGUGGUACCACUGCAGAGUUCAUUUGAAGAAACACCACAAAACAUUCCCACCACAGUCACUGGGCAAAUUUUAGGUAGAAGUAUGUCAUCACAGAGUGAAGAGAUGACCAUGGAGGUUGACCCUGAUACGACCAGAUCCCAGACAACAGCUGAUUUCAUGAUGUCACGAGAUGAUCUUGUGGUUGAAGAGUCGGUCUACCCUACUGACACCUAUACUGGGGCGCCCAUGGGGUGUUUUGGUCAGGAACCACCUCCCUUUGUGGGUCCCACAGUGAGUCAACCGCUGCAGUUUGAUCAAGCCGGACGCUUCGCAUUCCAAACAGUGCCAGAAGAUCACGAGCUGCAGAUUAGCCUGAAGUUCCGGGGUGUUACAGCACAGAAGUUCUGGGUGGGGAGGCGGGAAGGCUGUCGACUGUACUAUGGUCCAGACAGUGAUGGUAGCUCACUGCUUGGGGACACAGGCGUGGAGAUUUACGGCCCCAAGGACGUACAACAGUUGAAGAUGCCGGCCUGUCCGGACCAGGACGAAACCACUGAACAUCUCACCUCCAAGUUACUCAAUGUACUCGAUCGCGGAUUGGUCCUGGAAGUCGUCAAUGGCGAUGUCUACGCUACUCGAUUAUGCCGAUGUGUAAUUUUCGCCCAGUCUCCGUCAUUGACAAAAAGCUUGGGAACUCCACAUCCUCUUCGCCUCAAAAGAGAUUCCCCGAAGGAGAAAAUCUUUGACUUCAAUGGUCAUUUUAUGCCCGAAUUACAACAGUACUGUAAUGGUCAAGGUCCUCCGCCCAGCCCAGAAUUGUUGGUCAGUUUUGGGCAAAAGUGGAAUCCCCAGACUCAGGAUGUCCGUAGCCUGCUCAUAUCGGCAACAAUCACGCACUGCAAAGCGUUAUAUUUCUUAAAGCAGGCUGCCGUCCGUGGUAUCCCGUCUCUCCAUAUCUCCUCAGAGGAUGCCUAUGAUGCUUACGUCAAAGAGGUGAAGGAGCUGGUGUCAGGGAAUUGGAGUAUGAUGUAUGACCCUCUGCCCGGCACGCCUCAGCCUGUGUAGACGGCAACUUUAAAUACGGCAAAACUGGUCACUGUAUAAACUUCAGUGUUAUAAUAAUGAAAUAAAUUAUCAAAUCCUGUAAAUAUACGAUUGUCUAUUAUGCUUGUAAAAUUGUUUGUUUCAUCUGAAUGAAAAGUACAGCUCGU